GCAAAAAAUGCUGUACUAUUUAAACUUCAGGUAUACAACCCCCCCAGCUCCCUGCCCCCUGCCCUUUUCAAAAGAGAGUAUGAAGUCUUCAAGGCAGCAUCUGAGAUACCUUUUUACAUCUGCAUCACAGGUUUUGAAACAUUUCAGACACUGAGCCAGUGUUGAUGUAUACUGCUGUUGUCCAUGGUGAAGAUAAUAAUAAAUAAUAAAAAGGAAGUGAAUAUUGUUAAGAGAAAACGUCAUAGGAGUCAAAAGACUUGAGAGAAGGUAAAAAAGAAACAGGAAAUGAGCAUCUUUACUCUCCUGCUUGGUUGCCUGGAUCAAAAUAUAGUUCUCUGACCGAGUUGGUUUAGAAGUAAUUUUCUCACACCCAGGCUCUUGUUCCUUUUACCAUCCUGUUAGUUAGUAGACUUUUAAGCUGGAGUCCUCAAAAAUUCCUGUAAUAGUAAUCCGCCUCCAUCUGGGCCCCAUCUAUUUCUAUUUCAUGGACCAUUAAAAAAAAAAAGGGCAAGAUCUCCCUCGGUAAUUUAUCUUAAUUUUAUGUUCCUCAACAUGAGAGCGUAAGACCAAACACCCUGUAGUAAUAUUAAUAUAGUGUUUUAUAGUAGUAUACUGUAAUCUCAUUUUGAGUAUUUAUGUGCUGUAGGGUGUUUGUUCUCUCGUUCUUAGGAGUCCUUAUGUGCUGCAAAAUUUUCACUCUAACUGCAAGAAGUUCAGUACGAUAUGGAGAAUGAUGGAGGAGUUUUCUAAAGUAAUUAGAAUCCUGUGUGUGGCAGCCAAGUGAGAAAAGAGGGAGGGUAGGAAGGUUGAGAGUGGCACUGGGGAACGACGACAAAGUUUUUCAGACAGGAUUUUGUUGUCCUUGGUCCCAUUAACCUUGGCAAAGGCAAACAAACUGGGUCUCUCUCAGUUUCGCAAUCUCUAAAAUGAGGACAGUACUCACUCUACAUACCUCCCAGGUGACCCUGGAAGGCUUCAUAGGUAAGCUGUGAAUGAAACGGAAGACUUGCUGGAUCAUCCAGUUCUUGCCUUCAGUUUUCAUUGUUCAGAUAAUUUAAGACUUGGGCCGGGACAAAAAAUUUUUUGUUUCCUCUUCUCCCUCUUUCCUGUCAAAAGAGUUAAAGAGUUAGAAGAGUUAAAGUAACACUGGGCAUAGAAGUACCUACCUCUUAAAUAUUGUUUCUAAAGUGUGCUGCGUUUAUUCCUUUCCAAAAAUCAUGAGUCACAAUUUCAAUAGCAAAAAGUCAGAACAAUAAGAAUAAUCACUCCUGCUUCUGAUUGCAUUUAAGAACAGUGCUUUGAAAAAACCAAAUAGACUCCAUUAUUAACAGUAUUAAAAGCCCACCAGACUGUAUGAGAUUGGAGCAAACAGAAAACUCACACUAGACGGAAGUCUUGUAUGCAAAUGAAGGAUGCAGGUUCUGAUUUCCUAUUGGUUCUUAAAUAGUAGCCAAUGGGACAAUAGCACAAGCCUACCUCUGGUUAAUAUAAAUAUUGCUCUCGCCGCUGUGUUGUUUAUUGUUUGCUUUUUAUUUUGAAGGUUUAUUGAGUUGUGGUCUGAUAGUUAUGUCUGGUCGUGGUAAACAGGGUGGCAAGGCUCGUGCUAAGGCUAAGACCCGCUCCUCGCGAGCUGGGCUCCAGUUCCCCGUAGGCCGGGUGCACCGCCUGCUCCGCAAGGGUAACUACUCUGAGCGUGUCGGUGCCGGGGCGCCGGUGUACCUGGCGGCGGUGCUGGAGUACCUAACGGCUGAGAUCCUGGAGCUGGCGGGCAACGCGGCCCGCGAUAACAAGAAGACGCGCAUCAUUCCGCGCCACCUGCAGCUGGCCAUCCGCAACGACGAGGAGCUUAACAAGUUGCUGGGGCGCGUGACCAUCGCUCAGGGCGGUGUCCUGCCCAACAUCCAGGCGGUACUGCUCCCCAAGAAGACUGAGAGCCACCACAAGGCCAAGGGCAAGUGAAGUGUCUAUUACU